AUUUGUGACAAAAAUAAAAUGGCACUACGUGUACAGUUUGAAAAUAAUGACGACAUUGGUGUCUUCACAAAAUUAACAAAUUCAUAUUGUCUGGUUGCAAUCGGUGGCGCUGAAACAUUUUACAGUGUAUUUGAAGCCGAAUUAUCCGAGCAAAUUCCAGUCAUUCACACAAGCAUUAAUGGUUGUCGAAUCAUCGGACGAUUGACUGUCGGCAAUAAAAAUGGUUUGCUUGUACCAAAUGGAACCAGCGACGUUGAAUUACAGCACUUGCGAAAUAGCUUGCCGGACAGUGUAAAGAUACAGCGUGUCGAAGAACGAUUGUCGGCUCUUGGUAAUGUUAUUGCUUGCAAUGAUUAUGUCGCAUUGGUGCAUCCAGAUUUAGAUAAGGAAACAGAAGAAAUUAUCGGCGAUGUAUUGAAUGUGGAAGUGUUUCGCCAAACUGUAGCCAAUAAUGUUCUAGUUGGAUCAUAUACAGUACUCAGCAAUCAAGGUGGUCUUGUGCAUCCAAAAACAUCGACAGAAGAUCAAGAUGAAUUGUCAUCACUUUUACAAGUUCCACUCGUUGCUGGUACAGUGAAUCGUGGUAGUGAAGUGCUUGGCGCUGGUUGUGUUGUCAACGAUUGGAGUGCGUUCGUUGGAAUGAGUUCAACAUCGACAGAAAUUUCCGUUAUCGAAAGUGUAUUCAAAUUGAACGAUGCUCAACCGGCAAACGUAACAAGCACAUUGCGACAAUCACUCAUCGAAGCAAUGUCAUAAAUGAACUGGGUGCUCUAAGACGAAUUGGUUCAACAAUCCUGUCAAUUUCUUCUAUUUUUCAAAAAAAAAAAUGGACAUCGAAUGUUCAGUAAACAUUUUAUAUAUGCACAUUUGAAGUGAAAGAGAGAAAAAAAAACUUUUCACGAGAUUGAUCGUUAUUGUUUCAUAAAAGAAGAUGAAGAAGAAGUAAAAACAAAAAUGUGUAAACAAA